AAAAGGAUUGAUUAUAUUAUAAGAAAUAUAUAAUAUAGCAUUCGCUUAAUGUAUACACAGAUGGCGCUAAGAAUGACAAGUUGUUGGUAAUAGUGUUUUGGUGUUUUCCAUAAACGUCAUUUGGACGGGAAAUAACAAAUUUAGGAACCAAUCGUUCUUUCUCGCAUUGUUCGUCGUAAGGUGCAGACAUGGCGUCAAAAGUAUCUCGUGAUACACUCUAUGAGUCGGUUAACGCAGUUUUGGAUUUCUCCCAAAAGAAGAAGCGUGGGUUUUUGGAGACAUGUGAAUUACAAAUUGGUCUUAAAAACUACGAUCCUCAAAAGGAUAAACGUUUCUCCGGCACUGUUAAAUUGAAGCACAUCCCUCGCCCCAAAAUGAAGGUUUGCGUUCUCGGUGAUCAACAGCAUUGCGACGAAGCUAAGGCCAAUGGAGUAGAGUGUAUGGAUGCUGAAGCUUUGAAAAAAUUAAAUAAGAAUAAGAAAUUAGUGAAAAAACUAGCAAAGUCUUAUGAUGCAUUUUUGGCUUCAGAGUCAUUGAUCAAGCAAAUUCCUCGUUUGUUGGGUCCAGGUUUGAACAAAGCCGGCAAGUUCCCUGGUCUGUUGUCGCACACUGAAUCAAUGAUGGCCAAAAUCGAAGAAGUGAAAUCAACCAUUAAAUUCCAAAUGAAGAAGGUAUUGUGUUUGUCCGUCGCUGUUGGUCACGUGGACAUGAAACCCGAUGAACUCGUCCAGAAUAUUCAUCUGUCAAUAAAUUUUUUGGUAUCUCUUUUGAAGAAGAAUUGGCAAAACGUGCGUUCGCUGCAUAUCAAAUCGUCUAUGGGACCACCACAACGUUUGUACUAAAAUAAAGUAUGUUGCGUACGUAACAUUAUUUCUUGUGGAAUAAAAAUAAUGUUCUGAUGAAA